CUUCUUAUUAUUUGGACCCCAUUGGUCAGUUCAAGGAAAUUACAGGAGCCAAUCUCCUUGCUGCUAACAGCAUGCGGUUUCCAUGUGAUGCACCUUUUGUUUUUAAUUAACAAAGUGCCAUUUAAGAUGCUGCUGUCCCUGGAGUCUAAACAGAAGUUCUGAGAGGAGUACACAGGGCUUCCUGCAGUAGACCUCACCUCAUACUCACCUGAAGGGCCACAGGCUCUUAGUGAUUCACCCACUUCAAGGACCAAGAGCUGAGCUGUGCAGUAAGUGUGUCAUUUCUGACUGAGUGUACUGAAGUCUUGAAAACAUGGGGCAUGUCGAAUGGAGAACCUGCUCCUUCAUCCUAACAGGAGUACUUCUGGCAAUCUCUUUAAUACCUGACUUUCUGGAAGGCAGCCCAAUAGGCCAGCACCAGAAAGGAGAUGAGGGAGACAAUGAGAACAUGAGUGAAUCUGGAUCCCCAAGCAUGCUGAAAAAGCUGGUACGCUCUAGAAGAAACAUCAGCUGGUACAACCAGCACCCAGACUUCUGGAACUGGUACAAGUACUUCACUGAAAUUGGAAACCAAGAAGGACUAAAUGAGCUGGACCGGGUCUACCUGAAAUACCUGCAGAACCGGAAUCGGGCUGAGGGCCAGCACUCCUAUGAUCAAUAUCUCCGCCACCUGGGCGAAGUCUACAAAACCUGCGCAAGUUCUGAUGACCCAAACUGCAUCACAGACAUAAUUGCCCCGGCCAAACCAACCCCGGCCAAACCUGCCCCUAUAAAGGGAUGCGAUCCGUACAGAGACCCCUACUGCCAGCUAGUUCGAGUAGCCCCAGCACCCAUCAAAGCUCCUCUUUCUAACCAUUACCAGCAUUACCGAGCACCUGUGCCCUUCCUUUCUGCUCAGCAGGCCAGUGAGUUAUCAAGGAUUUGCAACCCCUCUGAUGUUGAAUGCUUGCAGUACCAUCUCCGUGCUGCCUAUGGCUACACAUCAGAACCCAAAGCCCCAGCCCCGGCUCCAUCAUAUGCUUACCUAGGGUAUGAUCCAAACAAAGCAGUGAAGAGGGAAGUCUACCACCGCUACCCAAACUGUGACCCCAAAUACGACCCUUACUGUGUCCCAGAACCCGCCCAUAACCAAAUGGCCGCCCCACCAAGCCGCUGUAACCCACUUUAUGAUGAUAACUGCAACCCUCUCAUUGCCUCUAUGUUCUCCAGCCCCCUGAAACCUGAGUGUGAUCCUUACUACGACCCCAGUUGCAGACAGGAAUACAGGCCCAAGGAUGAGCCGGUGUCAGACUCAGGAUGCGAUCCCCGUUAUGACCCAUACUGUCGCAGUCCUGGCCCUUCUUAUGGUGAAUCUAGAGUGGAGCCUGAGCGCUAUCCCAUGACUCAGGGUAAGACAAAGGAAGGCUAUGCCUGCUAUGUGCAUUACGAUGAGGAGUGCUACCCUGUCCGCAGUUCAAACCCUUCCCAUCAGAGCGCUGCAAGCACCUUGCAGGACUGUGACCCUUAUGACCCAAGUUGCCCCCUCUAUUACAGUGCUAACAACCCCAUGAGGUCACCUCAGCCACAGAGCCCCUACCACAGUGCUAGUUCCCCUGAGGCUUAUCACCCCCACGUUAACCCUGGUGGCUUCAGAGAGGGCAUAAUCGAGCCUGACUCUGACUGCGACCCAGAGUAUGACCCCAACUGCCGUCUCCGCAGGUACGAAUCCAAUCCCAACCUCUCUGCCCCAGAAUCCCACCACGAUGAUCCCCAACCCAGUCAUGACAACAGGGGGGACGAGGGCCCCAGCCAUGACCAGCCCGACCAAGACCCCUAUGAGGGCAGGCAUGAAUCUGAAAACGCACCCUACAGUCCCUACUCGGGGUACGAGCAGCAGCAGGAACCGAGAGACGAGGAACCAGAUCACAGAUAUGAUCAGGACUAUCAGAAAAAGUAAAAACCUGUCACUAUAAGCAAGCGACUAUUAAUGCUUCUGCAGUACAGGGUAUUAAUUUGGAAAGCACGUUUGAGUAAGACCUCAUACUCACAUAAGUGCUGAGCUCUGAAGUUUUAGAGUUAUGAUACGGUGGGGGAAAGGGGACACAGAAAAUGAACAAUUUAACAUUUUAAAUUUUUAUGCAAAUGUCCAUGUGAAAUGAGUUUGUAAAAUGUCCAUGCGCAAAUCAGCAUAUGGUUUCUGUAGUAAAAACCCAUGUAAUCUGUGAUUCUAGUGCACUUGAAUAUGGGUUACUGGUAUAGCUAGACUGCAGUGUAUUUACUAUUUGUCAAUUUCCUAUGUAUUAUGACAGUGUGUCUUUCAAAGAAUAUUUAAUAACAUGUUUUCAUAGCUUUGCUUAAGUAUGCAUUUAUAAAUAUCAAAACUGUUAUGGUGUUAAGAUGUUUUAGAAUGUUCCAAUAAAAGAUCUGAAUGAAA